AUGACCCUCAGUGUGUGUGAAGCAUUUAAAGAAGUUGAGGAAUAUUUGCCUGAUGAUUUUGAUUUCAAGAGGGAUCAUAAGCCUACUAAUAUAUACACUGCUUAUUGUAGAGCUAACAAGGCAACAGGGAAAGGAGAAUGUAUGAAUGGCAAUUACGUAAUUAACGCUGUUACUGUAUUAUUACUUAAUAAUUUAUUCGUUGGGGGUGAUCUAGAAUCUGAAAAUGAACGUAACGAAUAUAUAAUGUAUACUAUGCUAUGGUUAAGCAAUAAAAUGAAACUAAUUAAAUUAGGGACCUACGGAACCGUGGCAGAUUUUUUUGUCACGUUUAUGAAAGAUGAUCCAGAGUAUAGACCUUAUAUUAAGCUAAUCAAUAGGAACAAAACAAUAAUGAAUCUUCAACUUCAUAGAAUGCGUAAACUUUAUGGGUUACUUAUUGAUCUGUGUAAUGCAAUUAAUAAGCAUGCUGAUGAUCCUUCAAAUUAUUCUGAUUUUUCAAAUUUUGCUACUAAUUGGGAAGAAGAAGCCUAUAAAUUUGCUAAUAAAAAAACUAAGAUUUUUGAAGAUAAUCAAUAUUGUGAUAUUUUGUCGACUUUAAAAAAUGCUUAUGAGAAAUAUAGAAAAGAUAAUGGUAACCCACGUGGAAUUCGAAAACUUAAAGAUAUCACAGGAAUGGAUGAUUGUAGGAAAUUAUGUAAAGAUGCAAAAACCUCAUCGAAAAUUUUACUGGUGAAAUCCCGAGAAUUAAGGACGAAAAAAAAACCUUCAGCAAAUCCAAAAAAACCUUCAGUAAAUCCACAAAAAAAUUCAGCAGAUCCACAAAAAAAUUCAGCAGAUUCACAAAAAAGCUCAGCAGAUACACAAAAAAGCUCAACAGAUACACAAAAAGGUUCAGGGCGUGUAAAAAAAAAUAUCGAGAAAAGGGAUGACACAUCGACAUAUUUAGAUAUUAAAAAUACAUUUGAAGACUAUACUUCAUUUUUUAGUAGUGUGCUUACUAAUAUUGGCAAUAACUUAUAUGAAAAGGCGGUGCCAACCUUACAAAAUGUUUACGGUAAAUUAAAAAAUUUUUCUGAUACCACGAUUAGUUAUAUGAACGACCAGCUUAAAAAAGCAAUAGAAAAUUAUACAUUAUAUAAGGAUAUACCUGAGGAAAAAGGCCCCGUAGGUGACCCACCAUUAGUUAAUGACCCACCAUCAUCUAGUGACUUACCAUCAUCUAGUGACUUACCAUCAUCUAGUGACUCAUCAUCAUCUAGUGACCCAUCAUCACCUACUGACCCAUCAUCACCUACUGACCCAUCACCACCUAGUUACCCAUUACCAUUUACUGGCCCAUUACCACCUAGUGACUCAUCACCACCUAGUGACUCAUCACCACCUAGUGGCUCAUCAUCACCUAGUGGCUCAUCAUCUAUUGACUUACAAUCACCUACUGACUCACAACCACAUACUGAUUCACAAUUACAUACUGACUCACAAUCACCUACUAACUUACCAGAAUCUAGUGGCCCAUUACCAUCUAUUGGCUUAUCACCAUCUAGUGACUCAUCAUCAUCUAGUGGGUCAUUAUCACUUCAAGAAAAUCUACCACAAGAAAAUCCACCACCUCAAGAAAAUCUAUCACCUCCAGAAAAUUUAUCACCUCAAGAAACUCCAUCACCUCAAGAAACUCCAUCACCUCAAGAAUAUCCAUCAUCUCAAAUAAAUCUAUUAUCUCAAGUAAAUCCAUCUGAAACUUCACUUGAAACUUCACUACUAUCAAGUUCUAUGGAACAAAUUAAAACACAGCAACCGCCUCAGGAUUCACCUGAAAAAGGAAAUUUUGAUCAAAAAAAUAAUCACGAAGAAUUUCAAAACGCAGUGCCCAAAGCAGUGGAAAUUCCAGCGCCAAGUCAAUCGUCAAUUCCAGCGCCAAGUCAACCGUCAAUUACAGGGUCAAAUCACCCGUCAAUUACAGGGUCAAUUACAUCUUUAAUUCCAGCGUCAAUUACAGGGGGGAGUUCAGGGGGAAUUCCAGAAGGAAUUUCAGUCAUUAAACUAAAACAUCCAGUAAACGAAGUAAAAAUAAAUAAAACACCAGGAAUAUAUGAUAAUGUACUCAAAAAAUACAAACCAAUUGUAGUUUCAAUUAUAGUUCUUUUAAUUCCUAUUGCUUUAGUUAUUAUGAACAAGUAUGUGCCAUUUGGAUGGAGAAAGAAAUCGAAGAAAAAAAAAAAAAAGAAAAAUGCUAUAAAUAUGUUUGGUGUAAAUGAAACAGCAAAAAGAGUUAUAAACUCAACUGAUCGAAAGAAACAAGCGGAAACAAUUAUAAAUUCAUCUACUCAAAAAAAACAGGAUGAAAAGUUUAUAAAUUCAUCUACUCAAAAAAAACAGGAUGAAAAGUUUAUAAAUUCAUCGAGUCAAAAAAAACAGGAUGAAAAUUUUAUAAAUUCAUCGAGUCAAAAAAAAAAGGAUAAAAAGUUUACAAAUUCAUCGAGUCAAAAAAAAAAAGAUAAAAAGUUUAUAAACUCAAAUGAUCGAAAGAAAAAAGUGGAGAUAAUUAUAAAUUCAUCUACUCGAAAAAAAAAGAAUAAAAAGUUUAUAAACUCAACUGAUCGAAAAAAACAAGUGGAAAUAAUUAUAAAUUCAUCUACUCAAAAAAAAAAGACUACACAAUUUAUAGAUUCAUCUACUCAAAAAAAAAAGGUGCAAAUAAUUAUAAAUUCACAUAUUCAAAAAAAACAGACUGAACAGUUUAUAAAUCCCGUUUAUUGGGAAAAAUAUUCAUUAUUAAAUAUAUACAAACAUAUGAAGUCCGAUCCUGCACCAUUUAUUUGUUUGUUUUUGUUGAUGAUUUUUUUUGUUUAUAAAAGAAAAUGCACUUCUUUAGAAUAA